AAGAAAUUGGUGGUUCACGAAUCACAACGCCGCAUCGAUUCACCGAUCCGCCAUGGCUCUCCUCCCUCGGACCGCCCGCCUCGCCCUACUCUCCGCCCAAAGGGCGGCCGCGAUCCCUGCAGCUGCCCCUUUCUCCUCCGCCGCCGGAUCCUACCAGUCGGGUUCGCCCUCCCCUGCGCCGUAUGCUCGGCCGCCUCCCCCUUCGGCGUCAUCGCCGACGGGACUCUCGAAGACGGCGGAGUACGUGAUCUCGAAGGUGGACGAUCUGAUGAACUGGGCCCGCCGUGGGUCCAUCUGGCCGAUGACCUUCGGGCUCGCCUGCUGCGCGGUGGAGAUGAUGCAUGCCGGCGCCGCGCGCUAUGAUUUCGAUCGCUUCGGUGUCAUUUUUCGUCCGAGCCCUCGCCAAUCUGACUGCAUGAUCGUCGCGGGAACACUCACCAACAAGAUGGCACCAGCUCUUCGCAAGGUUUAUGAUCAGAUGCCUGAACCUCGAUGGGUUAUCUCCAUGGGCAGCUGCGCUAAUGGCGGAGGCUACUAUCACUACUCAUACUCUGUUGUUCGCGGCUGCGACAGGAUCGUCCCUGUUGACAUCUACGUCCCUGGAUGCCCUCCCACUGCUGAGGCACUGCUCUAUGGCGUCCUUCAGCUCCAGAAGAAGAUUAACAGGCGCAAGGAUUUCCUUGUCUGGUGGACCAAGUAGAACACUCCAUCAAACACUCCUUCACAAAGGAUCGUAAAUCAUAUUUCUCAGACUAUGGAUUAUUGUUAUGUUAUGAAGUCAAGAUUUCAACUGUCUCCACUAAAUAAGUCAAUGCAGUUUCUGCAUUAGCUUGAAUACUUUAUCAAUGUCCUGUGAUUUUGUGCAAAACAAACUUUUUAAUUAUGUUGUGAUUUUUGUUAAAA